UUGGGGUCUCGGGUGAGGGGCGCAGGAGGCCGCCAUCUUGAGUUGCGAGCCUGGUCUUCAGACUCAUCGCUAGGGGCGGAGUGGUGACCCCGCUGUUACCGCAGCAGACGCCGCAGCUGGGGACUGGAAAGUCAGAGCGCCGGAUAGUGCCACAUUAAUAGAUGCCAUGGCUAGUCCAGGGAAAGAUAACUAUAGAAUGAAAAGUUACAAGAAUAAAGCCCUAAAUCCCCAAGAGAUGCGUAGACGAAGAGAAGAAGAAGGAAUACAACUUCGAAAACAAAAAAGGGAAGAACAGUUAUUCAAACGCCGAAAUGUCUCUUUGCCCAGAAAUGAUGAAUCUAUGUUAGAAAAUCCUAUCCAGGAUCCGGAUAUCAGUUCCACUGUACCCAUUCCAGAGGAAGAAGUUAUUACCACAGAUAUGGUUCAGAUGAUUUUUUCUAAUAAUGCUGAUCAACAACUAACAGCAACACAGAAAUUUAGAAAGCUGCUUUCUAAAGAACCUAAUCCACCAAUUGAUCAAGUUAUACAGAAACCAGGAGUUGUGCAGAGAUUUGUGAAAUUUCUUGAAAGAAACGAAAAUUGUACAUUACAAUUUGAAGCUGCAUGGGCAUUAACUAAUAUAGCAUCUGGAACUUUUCUACAUACCAAAGUAGUGAUUGAAACUGGGGCUGUUCCAAUUUUUAUCAAACUUCUUAAUUCAGAGCAUGAAGAUGUUCAAGAACAGGCUGUUUGGGCACUUGGUAAUAUUGCUGGUGACAAUGCAGAAUGCAGAGAUUUUGUUUUGAAUUGUGAAAUACUUCCACCUCUUUUAGAGUUAUUAACAAAUUCAAACAGACUUACAACAACCAGAAAUGCAGUAUGGGCCCUCUCAAAUUUAUGUAGAGGCAAAAAUCCUCCUCCAAACUUUAGUAAGGUUUCACCUUGCUUAAAUGUCCUGUCACGAUUGUUGUUUAGCAGUGACCCAGAUGUAUUAGCAGAUGUGUGUUGGGCCCUUUCUUAUCUCUCCGAUGGAUCCAAUGAUAAAAUUCAAGCUGUCAUUGAUUCUGGAGUCUGUCGAAGAUUGGUGGAACUUUUGAUGCACAAUGAUUAUAAAGUUGUAUCACCUGCAUUAAGAGCAGUUGGUAAUAUUGUGACUGGUGAUGAUAUACAAACACAGGUAAUUUUGAAUUGCUCUGCAUUACCCUGUCUCUUACACUUAUUGAGUAGCUCAAAGGAGUCAAUCAGAAAAGAAGCCUGCUGGACUGUUUCAAAUAUCACUGCUGGAAAUAGAGCUCAGAUUCAGGGUGUUAUAGAUGCAAAUAUUUUUCCUGUAUUAAUUGAGAUUCUUCAGAAAGCAGAGUUUCGCACCAGGAAAGAAGCAGCUUGGGCGAUAACUAAUGCGACAUCAGGAGGCACUCCAGAACAGAUAAGGUAUUUGGUAGCCUUAGGCUGCAUUAAACCACUUUGUGACCUAUUGACUGUUAUGGACUCUAAAAUAGUCCAAGUGGCUUUAAAUGGACUUGAAAAUAUUUUACGUCUUGGAGAACAAGAAUGUAAGCAGAAUGGAAUAGGCAUUAAUCCAUACUGUGCCCUCAUUGAAGAAGCAUAUGGCCUGGAUAAAAUCGAAUUUCUUCAAAGUCAUGAAAAUCAGGAAAUUUACCAAAAGGCUUUUGAUCUGAUUGAACAUUACUUUGGUGUAGAAGAUGACGACUCCAGUAUUGUACCUCACGUGGAUGAAAACCAACAACAGUUUGUAUUUCAGCAGCAGGAAGCACCAAUGGAAGGGUUUCAACUUUAACUUGGUAGGAGGAAAAAUUAAUGGCUAAAAAGGGUAGCUUCAGAUAUCUCCCUUUUCUUGUAAUGUCAUUAGGAAUAUUUGAUGUGUUUUUAUGUAGAACAAAAAAGAAAGACGUUAAUGCACUUUUAAAAAGCAAACAAAACAAGUUUCCAUCCAUAUGCAACCUUUUAUUAUAGUUUUGUUGUUAUUUUGGUGUGCCUGUAUAUAUGUCUUUCAUUGUUUUUUUGUAUCUAUUUGUGAACAGUUAAAUACAUUAUGAGAUUAUUUAAUAAUUUAAGCCUGAAAAGGAAAACUUUAGUAAAGUAUUACAAUAAUGGUUCUGAAUUUUUCUAGCAUUCUUAGAAACUGCACAUUAGCAGUACAGCUGUCGAUAAUUGCAUUUUGGCAGUAAGUUUGAUAUGCCCAUUCUUUACUAAAUCUACCUCUCAAAGCAAAAACAAAACAAAAGAGCUUCAGAAGCAUGAAACAGAGAAAAAGCUAAAUUAGAAUGUGAAAAUAGCUAUUACCUUAAAUUAUAAAUCACUGUGCUAUAAGUUAUACUUUGCAAAAAAAAAAAAUUAC